AUGUUGUUCUUCCCACAACCUCCGACUCAUCCAUUGGAUCAUCAUAUUGAGAUUAGUGAAGGGAGUUGUGGCUUGGAGGGUGAACUGGAAAAUGAUGCUAGUUUAGCUGAGAUGAUAGGUGGGCAUGCUGAGUCCCUGCAUGUGCACGAUGCCUCGACUAACGGUAGCAUGUCUGCAGGCUACUUGCGUCCCCUCAAGUGGUGUCGCAUGGAGAGAUGCCCCAACAUUGACACGGUCUUCUCUCCAAAGGUAGACACCUUCUGGGCAUCACAUCUCCUGAUGGCACGUUGCAUCUGGAACAAAGGUUCCCGCUGGCAACCUGAAGAUUCAUUCAGAAGUCUACAACACCUGCACCUGCGCUCCUGCCCAAGGCUCCAGUUCGUGCUACCGGUGUGGAUCCCCUCCUUCCCCAGCCUAAAGACACUGCACAUCAUCCACUGCGCCUACCUCACACACAUCUUCGUGCUGGACGAAGAGUACCCAGAGGAGAUAGGUGUCCAUGGUCUACCGUUCCCGAAGCUGACCACCAUCCACCUGCACGAUCUGCCGAAGUUGAAGCAGAUAUCCGAGGUCAAGAUGCUCGCGCCCGCACUCGAGACCAUCAAGAUCCAGGGCUGCUUUGGCCUGCGCGGCCUUCCGACUGUGGCGGCGCGCAAGCCAGGCGUGGAGAAGCCGAUCGUCGAGAUGGAGAAGGACGUGUGGGACUCGCUUGAGUGGGACGGUCUGACCGCCGACCACCACCCCGACCUCUUCGAGCCUCCAGUGCACUCGCGCUACUACAGGUGGAGCCGCGUCCUGAGAGGCAGCGUGCUUAGGUACGUUCGUUCUUAA